CUCAUUCCAGUAGAGUGCGCUCGAAUAUUGUUUCACAUUGCUCAAUAUCAAAAAUCUGCUCGAUACCGGAUAAGAUUAACAAACGGUUCGAAUUUUUACAUAGUCAAGAGUCGAAACGAAAACUCGAAAUUGCAAGAGCAAAACCGUAAGAGUUUGACGAUUCUUCUAAACUCUAGAUUCUACAAGUAUUUACUUUUCUAUGCUUUAUUCCGAAUAUAAGUGUUUACUUAAGUGAGCAGGUGCUUGAUAUUUUUAACAUGCCUCGAAUCUAUAAGUAUACCGUAUUCGAUGGUGUAAAUGUCGAUUCGUUCAAAAAUGAACCACGUGUGUAAUAUUUAUGGUGAUACAUGACAAUUUGAAUUAUCGAUGGUUUCAUGAACAAAAAAAACGAAUCGACGUAGAAGUAACGAAAAAGAAAAAUGUCGCGACGUCCAGAACAUUCGGCUCCACCUGAUGUGUUCUACAAUGAAUCCGAAGCUCAAAAGUAUACGCAAAGUUCUCGAAUGAUAGAAAUACAAGAGCAAAUGUGCAGACGUGCCAUAGAGCUUCUUCUGUUAUCGGAAGAUAAAACCGCCUUACUUCUAGAUAUCGGAUGUGGUUCUGGUCUGAGUGGUAGCGUUAUUGAAGAAUAUGGGCAUGUAUGGAUUGGAAUUGAUAUAUCUACAGCAAUGUUAGGUGUAGCUUUGGAAAGAGAAGUCGAUGGUGAUUUAAUUUUGGGAGAUAUGGGUCAGGGAAUGCCAUUCAGAGCAGGAAGUUUCGAUGGAGCAGUCAGUAUUUCUGCUUUACAAUGGUUAUGCAAUGCUGAUAAAAGUUCACACGAACCAUCAAAGCGUAUUUAUCAAUUCUUUUCCACCUUGUAUUCGUGUUUAUCGAGAUCUGCUAGAGCUGUUUUUCAGUUUUACCCUGAAAACAAUGAACAAAUCGAAUUAGUCACAGCGCAAGCUACAAAGGCUGGCUUUUACGGUGGUGUUGUAGUGGAUUUUCCCAAUAGUACUAAAGCAAAGAAAUUCUUUUUGGUUCUAAUGACUGGAGGACCCAUGGUUCUUCCACAAGCUUUAGGUGUAAAUGAUGCGGAUACAGCUAUUUCUUAUGCAUCCAGAAGAGAGCAAAUUAAGAAAGCUAGAGGUAAACCAUUAAAAAAGAGCAGGGAUUGGAUUGCUGAGAAAAAAGAAAGACGACGAAAACAGGGAAAGAAGGUUCCAGCGGAUUCAAAAUACACUGGAAGGAGAAGAUGCGGUAGAUUCUAAUAAAAAUUUUACAUAUAUUUUUUAUACGAAACAUCUUGUUACGUUUAUAGCUUCGACUCGAUGGUCUACCGCAUAUAUCGAUGCUGUACAUAUAUGCAUACUCCUAGAAUACUUGUAUAGUAUAAACACUUUGCAAUUAUUCUUAUUUGUUUUCAAUUUCAUAAUUUUCAAAACACAAACGGAUAUAAAUUCGUGCAAAUAUAAGAAAUUUUGCAAACAUAAAAUUUAUCCAAAUUCCAAACAAUUCCAAUCUAUAGAGUUCAAGUAACACCUAAUAAUUGAACACUUUUUAUAGCUUUUAUUUCUGAAACAAAUUCAAUGAAAAUUGAAGAUGCUUUGUAACGUCUCAAUCGCCUAUGGCACAUCAACUUUCAACUUAUUCGGGUAACAAGAAUUGAGACAAACUCUCGUGAAGCUUAGGGUGUACAGUUUCCUUCAGUUCUUCCCUAUCCAGCCAACAGUGAUUUAAAUUAGGAGAAAUAUCACCACUUAUAUAUUUUGCUAAGAAAUAGAAAAUCUUUGCUCCGUAUUUCCCUUUGAGUCUUAUAUCUUUCGGAUAUUGGUAUUGAUAAAAUCCAAUUGGUGCAUUACCAUAAAAGUGUACUUUUAUAUUAUUACCACAAAGUUCUUGAACAGUUCUCUGUGCAGUCUGAAAGAAAAACAAAGAAAUGGACAUUAAACGAAUUAUUCUAUCAUAUUUUUAUAAAAAUCAUACAAAAUGUAUUAUACAUACCUCUAUCAUAGACUCUGUAUUUUUACGUAUACUUUGAGGCGGAAUCCAUACAUUAGUGUUUCCUAAUUGCUUUUCCACCAAUAACACUAAAGUUUUAUCUAAUUUACGUUGUAAAGAUACAACUUUACCUUCAUCCGCUUUUAUAAUUUAAAGAGCAAGAUGUAGUGUUUGUUUUAAAAAAUUUGAUGCUAUAAAAUUAAUGAAAUUAUUUUCGAUUACAUACCAUUUAUUCGUGGUGCAAACUUAAAUGCCAUUAGUUCCUUUUUGUUAGAUGCCAUGAUAUCUUCUAUAUUUGUACCCGAAGGCACAGCUUUCUGAUUCAGAUUUUCUUUAAAUUUCAUUU